UAACUUCUGUAAUGUAACAGAAAUUUUUAUUUUUAAUUCUUUUUGUCGCUCAGCGUAACUAUUUCAAUAAUUCUUUGUGAAAGAGUGGGUAUGUAUCUCUUCCUCGCAUUUAGGACUAUGUGUGCGUAAGGCUUCCUGCCCUUGUUUUAAAACAAGAGUUCUGCUUUUUGAGGUUAUCUCAUAUUUUUUCGCACUCAAAUAACUUGUCUUAAAGACUGUGAGAAAUACAUUUACACCCAAGAGUUAGAACUUUCCAUGCAAGUUCCAAUCCCCAACAAUGAGCAGUGGAAGCAGCGAAGAAGACAACGAACCCCGACAAUCCCUGCACCGAGUUGCUAAAAAAUCCACAACCAACACCAGACCAUACCCCAGCCGUAUCAGAAUACCAGGAUCUCAGAAAACCCUGACUGUAGCCAACCGAUUUUUGGAAAAUUUCAAUCCUGAAACGAGCAUCCGCGAAAAACGGAAAUUAAAUCGUAAAAUCAAUCCGCCAAGUAACGUACGGCGACCACCGGGGGCUCUCUAUGACGAGAAUGGAAUUCACAUCGCCACUUGCAUGGAUCUUUGUGAUUGUUUAAAUGAGGAUUGUGUGGGAUGCUUCCUUCCAUGUCCCAAGUGUGGCUCAAGGAAAUGCGGGAUAGAUUGUCGUGUGCAUAGAAAAUAUGUCUAUGAUCAGAUUGAGUAUCACGGCUACGAUAUUGUAAUAAAAAAUCCUUUGUUUAGGAAUUGAAAUUCAAGGAUUUAUUGAAUACUGUAAUCAUCUAGUGUUUUGUCGUAUUAUUCUAUUUUAUCUAAUUGUAUUACCUAUAAUGGAAAUUAGAAACGCGUUAGUGAUUCUAUUUCAUUUUAUUUAUAUUUCUCAAAAUUAUUAGUUUUGUGGUACAUCGUAAUAAAUAGUGAUAAGCA